AUGGAGUACUCCCAUGGAUUGAUUGACCCGAUCUCGCCGUUCACGGCCGGCUUCACCCAUGCCCCGUCCCACGCAUACCCCCGCGCUCCAAAACCCGGGCCGCGCCCGUACCCCGCCCCGGGUGUAGCCACCGGCGGAGGUGUGACGGGCUGGUCGCAACGCGGUGGGACAGCCUCACGUGCCGGCUUGUUGCACACGGGCCUGUCCCUGAUCGCAGCCUACGAUGAUUUGAUGCGCUCGGCCCAACACGAGCGCCAACAACUGGCGCUCACGCUCAAGGAGCGCGACAACGAGCUCACGGCCAAGGACUACAAGAUCCAACAAGCCCGCAAAAUGGUGGAGGACGAGCGACGCGGGCGACUAGCCGCCGAACAAGAUCGCGAUGCCUUUGCCCAACAGUCCUUGGCCGUGAGCUCGUUGUCGCGCUCCUUGAGCGUGACGCCAGUUGUUGGCGCUCGUGUUGUGCCGCCAACCGCCGGCGCAACUCUGGACCUGCGUGCUCACCGACCAGAACUCGCGCUCGGCGCCCGAAUGGAACACCGACCCGCAGCGCAUCAAAUCAUCGUAGGCUGCGAUCAGGGACAGGCCCCCCGUCACACCUCCGCCGGUGGCUACACCCGGGGCGGGGGUACGGGCGCGGCCCGGGUUUUGGAGCGCGGGGGCCCCAUCCCUUGCAUGGGCCCCGGUAACCGGACUCCAACGGCCCGACCCAAUGAAAAAGCUGCUUUGGUGGACUUUUGCUCCAAUGAACCCCCCAUGAUUCCCGCCAUCUUGAUGCACUGCAUCCGAGAAGUGGAAGCCCGAGGACUCAGCUCAGUUGGCAUUUACCGCAUCCCCGGCAAUGAAGCCGAUGCUCUCAACUUGCUAGAAAAGUUCAUGCGAGACAAGUGUGCUCCCUCAUUGAGCCGCUACGACAUUCACGUGAUCACUAGCACGGUCAAGAAGUUUCUCAAAUCAUUGAAGGAACCCAUCAUUCCUCAUAGCCUUCGUCGCGUAUUUGUGGAUGCGGCCACGAAUCCAGAUUCCACUGACGGAGACGCUGCACUCUAUCAAGCGGUCUCGGAACUGCCCAGGCCCAAUCGAGACACCCUGGCCUAUCUGAUUCUCCAUCUUCAGCGCGUGGCUGACAGUCCAGACUGCAAGAUGACGUUGGACACCCUCUCCACGUGUAUGGGGCCCACUGUCGUGGGUUUCUCUUCCAAUGAUCCGGCACAGGCUUUAGCCGAGGCGGGAGUGCCUCGAGAAGUGACUAGAGCUCUGAUCCAUCUGAGCUCGGACUAUUGGUCGAACUUCUUGCAAUACGAACAGGAGAAUAUGUUCCCCAGCCUGAACACGCCAGACAUUGCAACGGGCACAACCAAGACUCCGUACAAAUCUGUGGUGGCUCAACGAACCCGCUCGAGGAUAUCCAGCCAUCAAAAGGCUGAAUACUUCCAUUCCCCUAUGCUUUUCUAAGGGACAAGUCCCCAUCCCACCCACUUUUUCACAUAAACCUUUGUCCAAACACUUUCCUAGUGCGUCACCAACUCGGAUGGAAGAUUCAUUCACGGCAGAAAGUAGACGAGACUGAAGAAGAAAAUUCGAUUAACCCAUUGCGUUGUCGUCAGAACCGUGAGAAAGACCCUUUUUCCUGAACCCCGAUUCACUACAGAGGCAACUGCUUCACGUCUGUUAAGUACAUAAUCUCCAUCCAUCUAACAAAAAUGGUCAAUUUUGGUGAUUAAAUUCGAUCAAUCGGA